AUGGCAGGACUAACACCACCUCUGCAGUUUCUGCGCGAAUACAAGCUGGUUGUGGUGGGCGGAGGAGGAGUUGGAAAGUCGUGCCUGACCAUUCAACUGAUCCAAAGUCAUUUCGUCGAUGAAUAUGACCCGACUAUUGAAGAUUCCUACCGAAAGCAAUGCAUGAUCGAUGAUGAAGUCGCCCUGCUCGAUGUUCUGGAUACCGCCGGCCAAGAAGAAUAUUCCGCAAUGCGAGAACAAUACAUGCGGACAGGCGAAGGAUUUUUACUCGUUUAUUCCAUCACUUCCCGGCAGUCCUUUGAAGAAAUCAUGACCUUCCAACAACAAAUCCUGCGAGUCAAAGAUAAAGAUUACUUUCCCAUCAUCCUAGUGGGUAAUAAAUGUGAUCUCGAUAACGAGAGAAUGGUCUCCAAAGAGGAGGGUGAACAACUAGCCCGGAAUUUCGGUUGCAAAUUUAUCGAGACCUCGGCCAAAUCCAGAAUAAAUGUCGACAAUGCUUUCUACGAUCUUGUUCGAGAAAUCAGGAGGUACAACCGUGAGAUCUCAGGCUACUCAGGCGGCCCUCAGCUCGGCUCCCACGCACCCGGUCAGAAGUUUGAGAUGGACAAUCAAGCAGACAACGCAGGCUGUUGCAGUCGGUGCGUGGUCAUGUAA